GAACUCGCUGAAAGACAGGAUUCUGACGCCGCGGAUGCGUCUGCCAGUCGUAGCGCGCUCGCCGACGCCAACGCGCGCAUCCAAUCGCUGGAGAACGUCAAGGAUGUCGCGGUAGAAAAGGCGGAAUCGCUUCAAUCGGAGAUGGCAUCGCUCAAGAUGAAGGUUGACGAGUUGUCGCGCGAACUUGCCGCAAAGGAGGCUGAGCUGUCAGUUAAGGAGGCGCAGGCGGCGGAGGCGGCGGGCAAUCAAAGCGCGAUCAACGAAGCUAACGAGCUUAUCGACGCGCUCAAGGCUGAGCAGGAUAAGGCGUCUGCGGAGACCGCCCGGCUUCGUUCGGAGCUCGAGUCUGUCACCGAGCAGCUCGAUGCGGCGAAAAAGAAUCUCGAGGAAAACGAGUCGGCAGCCGCGUCGCUCGCCGAGGUGACCGCGCGGGUCGUCACGCUCGAAUCUGAGCGAAACGCCGCCGCCGCCGAGAUUGUCACACUCCGCGGGGAGCUCGAGGCUAUGCGUGGGAAAGAUGACGGCGCAAGCGCCGAGGACCUGAUGUACCUCAAGAAUGUGGUGGUGAAACUGUUGGAGAUGCCGGGUCACAAGGACCACCUCGAAGUUCUCCCCGUGUUGGCCACGCUGUUGAAAUUCACGCCGGACGAAACCCGUAGGUGCAGGGACGGGAUCAUGAAUGGGCUCGCCGCGGAGGAGGACAUCAUAGCGGACACGGUCGGGCAGGGGCUCGAGGCGGUCGGCUCUGCGGUGUCGAGCGUCACGAGCAUGUUCUCCAUCUUCGGUUCAUCGUCAAACUCGGCCGCGGCGGUGCCGGCGUCGCCGAGAGCGGCACCUGCCGCGGGGGGCGAGGGGGGCGGGCUCAGACGCGUGGCGUCGCGUGACGCGUCCUCUCCGGUGGCUGCGCGACCGGACGGGACGGGAGAUGCGUUUAAUCCGUUCGCUAGGCGGUGACAUUGAAUGAAUCGCUAAGCUAUCGGCAUAUUUUUUGCCGU